UUCCCGAACGGCGGAGGUUGGAGGUUCUAUCUGCCGGUUUGCCUCUCAUCGCUGCUGAAAAAACGCUUCGGCUCGCCCUGAUAUCGAGAUCAUAUUUAAUAUACAUCUGCUGCGAGCUUGUGUUCCCUAUUUAUUUAUUUCUUGUCCAAAAUGGGUUGCGCUGGAUUCACCUGCUCCAAACACUCCCUGUGUGCGCUCAACAUCCUCUAUGUUAUGGUGAGCUUGCUGAUGAUUGGAAUCGCAGCAUGGGGAAAGUGGUUCGGUCUGGUCUCCAGUUUCCAGGUGGUGGGUGGCGUCAUAGGAGUGGGCGUCUUCCUCUUCUUUGUUGCUCUGGCUGGCCUCAUUGGUGCGAUGAAACACCACCAAGUCCUCCUCUUCUUUUACAUGAUCAUCCUGUUCAUGGUGUUUAUCGUGCAGUUCUCUGUUUCCAGUGCAUGCCUGGCUAUCAACAAAGAGCAACAGGAUCAUCUGCUCGAGGUCGGCUGGAAUAACUCGCGUAGCACCCAGAGGGACGUGGAGAAGAGCCUCAACUGCUGCGGCUUCCGACAGGUGGACCUCAACGCCACCUGUGACGCUGCCUGUUUUCCCAAUCACUCCUGUUUGCCGUGCGCUGAUAAGAUCCAGGAACACGCAGAUGAAGUCCUACGUUUCGUAGGAGGGACUGGACUCUUUUUCAGUUUCACUGAGAUUCUGGGCGUGUGGCUCACAUAUCGCUACAGGAACCAGAAGGACCCCCGAGCGAACCCCAGUGCGUUCCUGUGAAACAGCCACCAACUUCUGUCUUCGGACCAGUCCCCGUUUGGGCUUCACCUGUAAAUACGAGAACAAUCAAACUGCGUACACUGUACAAGAGCAAUUUUGGUUUUAUAACUGUAUGUUGUUCAUUCAGAAAGUAUUAACGGAGCUGGCCUACGCUCUUUUUGUCUUGUUGUAUUGUUGCUUUAACGAGAGUCCCACUGAAUGCAAUAAUCUGCACAAAUCGACAUAAUACUAUGAAUUAUGAUUUGAACCAUGCCUGAAGAGUGCUGUGAGGACUGGAAGGAGUUGUAUGGUUGCGUGUCUGAGAAAAUAGAUGUUCUGAGCCUCGACCAGCUUGUCUUGCCUCUGACUGCAUCCUGAGUGUAUUUGGCCUUUUUUGCAUGACUCUUGUCAAUACAAAGCGUGUCAGAACUGCACCGGGGAUUCUGUGAGUCAACCAUCUCAGACUUUGUACUGUCAAACCACAAUAAAACACUGAAGGAGUAAAUGA